CGUCCCGAGCCGGCACCACACCACCCGCCUCCCACGUGCCGUCCGCCCGUGUUGCCAUCGACCGUCUUCCCCACGCUCCUCCCUCCUCUCCCACACCCUUUCCGUGCACUCCACAUCGCCUUCCCCCACCUCCCCUCCCGUCGCCCCCGCCGCCCCAGGCCCCGAAAUGUCGGACGAAGGCGGCGCCGGCGAGCCGCUCAGCGACAGCCAGAAGCGGGAGAUCGCCGUCUGGUUCCUCUCCAACGCGCCCGCCGGCGAGAUCCACUACGUCGCCAAAGAUGUGCGCGCCCUGCUGGGGGACGACGCAGUGUACGAGGCCGCCGCCGCGGAGGCCUUCCCGGAGUACAACAAGGCCCACCUCGUGCCCCUCGAGCUCCCCGACCGCAGUGGCGACAUAAUCAUCGCAACUUACGGGGAGCUUGACAGAAACAAUUAUCUGGAUCCCAGGACUGCUCAAGUUGCUACUAUCGAUCAUAUUAAACAGACUUGUACAAAAUUGAGGCCUGCUGCAGAUGAGGAGCUUCCAUCAGCUUACAUUGAGGAGUUUAGGAGUGCUUUAGAUGUGGAAUUAUCAAAAUAUGUUGCUGAAUCUUAUCCCAAAGGGGUCUGUGCCGUUUAUUGUACUAGUGGAAAGGAUAUAGAGGGACCAGGAGCAGAUUUCGGUUUUGCAGUAGUUAUUUCUGCUGCUAAACGUAGCCCACAGAACUUCUGCAAUGGCAGCUGGCGUUCAAUUUGGACUAUGGAUUUCAACUAUGAGUUGCAAUUUGUUGAUAUAAAGGGAAAGAUACAGGUAGAUGCUCACUAUUUUGAAGAGGGAAAUGUCCAGCUAGAUACUAACAUCAAUUGCAAGGACUCCACCAUAAUGCAGUCACCUGACGAUUGUGCAGUUUCAAUAACUAACAUCAUUCGACAUCAUGAGUCUGAGUAUUUGUCAUCUCUUGAGGAAUCAUACUUGAAUUUGUCUGAUGCAACUUUCAAGGAUCUUCGAAGGAAACUUCCAGUUACCCGGACCCUUUUCCCAUGGCAUAACACAUUAGCCUUCAGUCUGACAAGAGACCUCGCCAAAGAACUAGCGCUUGGAAAAUGAAGUCUGCAAGUUAUGUCACUGGAUAGCUUUAAAUGUUUUUUUAAAUCUCCAUGCCAUGUGCUGUUCUGUAGAUUGUACUAUUCAUAUGAUGUAACCAAGGCUAUCUUGACCUUUUGAUCUGUGAGCUUCACCGUCCCAGUGUAAAAUCAAGAACACAGACUUUUGUUGAGAAUUGCAUCUCCUGAAAAUAUACAUCCAUUCACAUACCCUA